AUGCCGAACAAUACGGCCUGCAGUCCGUUCGGCAACUGCACUAUUAUCGACGGCGUGAGGACCAACGGGACAAUCUUCACGCCCCCAUACGAUGCGACCUACCCCGUGCCACACUGGCACCAGAAUAUGGAGCUCGCGACCAUCUGCGUCUUCAAUUCACUUUCGCUUAUUGUGAUUGCUGCGAGGCUACUUUAUCGACGGAAGAAGUUCAACAUGUUGAAAGGGGAUGAUAUAUGGAUGGCCAUCGCAGGACUACUCCUGAUCGGUCUCUACGCCAGUCAAUUAGGAGCUGUGAGAUUCGGAAGCGGGCUACACAUGCAGAAUGUACCGCAUUACUGGAGGGAGAUGCAUUGGCAUUUUCAAACCGGCUUCUCAGCGUACUAUCUCGUUGUUUCAUGCAUCAAGCUGUCCGUCUGCUUCUGUUUUCUCCAGAUCUCCUUCCUAGUAACCCACAACCUCAAGGGCCUGCGAUAUUGUGUGUACGGCUUGUGUGUCGUUACUGGCAGUCUGGGACUCGUGUGCGCCAUCCCAUGGAAUUUCGGCUGCCAACCCUUCCUGUCCAAUUUCUACUGGAGCGUGACUUCAGAAUCGUGCAUCAACUAUGAUAUAUUCCGGUGGCUUUGGAUCAGCGUAUCGGUACCCAUCGACAUAGCCAUCAUGAGCGUCCCCCUCCGAAUCCUGAACCGGGUCCGACUCCGCGCCGUCGAGAAGAGGAUCCUGCAGAUGGUCUUCUGCGCCACCUUGCUGGGCACGAUCUGCUGCAUCAUCGGCAUCUACGGCUCUUACAAGACCCGCACCGUCGAGUCCCAACAGCUCUUCUACAACGAAACCCCCUUUAUCAUGAUGAAUGACAUUGAAAUCUUCGCUUACACCCUCGGCGCAUCGUUCCCAGUCCUCUCCGGCUACAUCGUCACCAAAGCCGACCGCCCCAACCCCCCCUGCUCCAACUUCACCUCCUGGGCGCGCUACGUCCCAGACCUCUUCCUCUCCUCCCCCCUCAACAUCAACCUCCCCAGCCGCACCGCCACAACCACCACCAUGUGCGCGCCCACCAAGCACCCACCCAUCAAGUACCCGACCGGGCACCCGCAGCCGUCGUCGUCGUCCAACGAGCGCGACGACCUCCCGCUCUCCGCGUCCACGCUGUGCAAUUCAGGAGCCGGCAGCAGUCUGAGCAGCUGCGGGGGCAACGUCGACCUCGAGAAACAUGCAGCCCAGGAUGCAUAA